AUGCUCUCCCUCGUCCGGCGGCACCGCCGCCUCGCUCUCCCCUUCUCCACUCUGCACGCGCCCGCGCCCGCGCGCGCCUCCACCCCCACCCCGCCCUCCUCUCUCGACGCCUCGGCGGUGCUCGAGACGCUGUCCCUCUACGCCAACGACUGGCGCCGGGCGCUCGACUUCUUCCACUGGUCCGCCUCCCCCGCCGGCGCCAACUUGCCCCCGACCGCCGCCACCCUCGCCCGCGCCAUCGACAUCCUCGGCAAGCACUUCGAGUUCCCGCUCGCCACCUCUCUCCUCCUCUCCCACCACGAUCCAGAGGACCCCGCCUUCCUCCGCCCCGCGCUCCGCGCCCUCCUCAACCGCCUCGCCGCCGCCAAUCUCGUCGACGACGCCCUCCGCGCGUUCGACUCCACCGCCGCAUCCAUCGGCCUCCGUGACGAGGCCUCCUUCCACCUCCUCGUCGACGCGCUCUGCGACCACCGCCGCGUCGACGAGGCCGACCACCUAUGCUUCGGCAAGGACCCGCCGCCGUUCCCGCCGGGCACGAAGACCCACAACCUGCUCCUCCGUGGGUGGGCUAAGACCCGCGCCUGGGCACGCCUCCGGCAGCUCUGGUUUGACAUGGACCGCCGCGGCGUUGCCAAGGACCUCCAUUCCUACUCGAUAUACAUGGAUGCCCUUGCUAAGUCAGGCAAACCGUGGAAGGCCUUCAAGAUUUUCAAGGAGAUGAAGCAGAAAGGAGUUCGAAUCGAUACUGUUGCUUACAACACCGCGAUCCACGCUGUUGGGCUCGCACAGGGCGUCGACUCUGCUGUAAGGUUGUACAGACAGAUGGUUGAUGCUGGUUGCAAGCCGAAUACUGCCACUUACAAUGCGAUUGUCAAGUUAUUCUGCAAGGAGGGCAGGUUCAAGGAAGGGUAUGCGUUUGUUCAGCAGAUGCACAAGACUAGCUGCAAGCCCAACGUGCUCACAUACCAUUGCUUUUUCCAGUAUUUGAGCCGUCCACAGGAGGUCCUCGGACUGUUUGAGAAAAUGCUUGAGAGGGGUUGCCAGCCAAGGAUGGACACAUAUGUCAUGCUUAUUAAGAGGUUUGGGCGCUGGGGGUUCCUUCGGCCAGUGUUCAUUGUGUGGAAGGCAAUGGAAGAGCAGGGUCUUAGUCCAGAUGCAUUUGCAUACAAUGCACUUAUUGAUGCAUUACUGCAAAAGGGUAUGGUGGAUUUGGCUAGGAAGUAUGAUGAGGAAAUGCUUGCGAAGGGACUCUCACCUAAGCCAAGGAAAGAGCUGGGGACUAAGUUGCUAGAAGCAGAGUCUGAUAGUGAUAACGCAUUAAACGGGGUGCUUUGA